UUCAUAAAUCAUCUCUAAAAAUUGUAAUGAAUCUGACCAAACAUGUAAUCAUAAAAACAGGAAAACCAAAGGGUUGAUAAUUUAGUAGCGGCUUUUGGGGUAGUUACACUCCUCACUUAAGACUCUCUCGCACCGUCAAGAUGUCCGGUGACUCGCCGGAACCUAACAACCCCCUCCUCCGCCACCAUCUUGACGGGUGGCGCCACCAUCUCGCCACCUCACUCCGCCUCAAGACCACCCUCCUCUCCGAGCUGAGCGGGGCCGUCGGCGACCUCGGCACCUACAUCCCCAUAGUACUGGCCCUCACACUGGUCUCCCACCUUGACCUCUCCACCACCCUUAUCUUCACCGCUCUCUACAACAUCGCAACUGGAGUCCUCUUCGGCACCCCCAUGCCCGUCCAGCCCAUGAAGUCUAUCGCCGCCGUCGCCGUGUCGGAGACACCCCAUCUGACGGUCUCCCAGAUCGCCGCCGCCGGCAUAUCCACCGCUGCCGUCCUCUUCUUCCUGGGGGUCACCGGCCUCAUGUCCAUCCUCUAUCGCUUCCUCCCCCUCCCUGUCGUCCGCGGCGUCCAGCUCUCACAGGGCCUGGCAUUUGCCUUCUCUGCUAUCAAGUACAUUCGUUACAAUCAAGAUUUCACCAAAACAACAGCAACAAAAACCAGCGACCCCCGCCCCUGGCUCGGCCUACACGGCCUUGUUCUUGCGCUAGUUUGCCUCCUCUUCCUAAUCCUUGCAACAGGGGACGGCAGCGGCAAUGAGAGUGAUGCCCAUUUGGUCUCAACAACCCGACGAAGAAGAGUUCAGAGAAGGCUCAGGAUUUUAUCAUCAAUCCCAUCUGCCCUCAUUGUCUUCUUGCUUGGCUUGAUCUUGUGUUUUAUCAGAGACCCGACAAUAUUCAGCGACAUAAAGCUUGGCCCGUCGAGGUUUCAUGUGUUGAAAAUCACAUGGGAUGAUUUCAAAGUCGGAUUUGUACGAGGAGCAGUGCCUCAGAUCCCUCUAUCAGUGCUGAACUCAGUUAUUGCAGUAUGUAAGCUGUCUGGUGAUCUGUUUCCUGGUACAGAACUAUCCGCAACCAAAGUUUCGGUUAGUGUAGGUUUGAUGAACUUGGUCGGCUGCUGGUUUGGGGCAAUGCCAGUGUGCCAUGGCGCGGGAGGGCUGGCAGGGCAGUACCGUUUUGGGGGGAGGAGUGGUCUAUCUGUGGUGUUUCUUGGAUUGGGGAAACUAGUUCUUGGCUUGCUGUUUGGGAACUCAUUUGUGCGGAUUCUGAGUUCGUUCCCAGUGGGGAUUCUUGGAGUGCUGUUGCUUUUUGCUGGGAUUGAAUUGGCAAUGGCAUCAAGGGAUAUGAAUUCCAAGGAAGAGUCUUUUGUGAUGCUGGUUUGCGCUGCUGUGUCGUUGACGGGGUCGAGUGCUGCCUUGGGGUUCGGAUGCGGGAUUGUGCUGUACUUGGUGUUGAAACUAAGGGAGAUGGGUUUCUCCGGUCUUCCCUUCUUUAGAUCAAAGUCUGAGCCGACUGCUGAAGAUGAAUCCCUUAUAAAUCCAUAAGAUUCUUAUCUACCACGUUUGACACAUGGGACCUUACUACUGUUGUUCUUCUUCUUCUGCAGGAUGAAGAAAAGACGAUGUGAUGAUGCAGUUGAGAUGAGGUUGACACAGAAGACUCCAAGGCUGCUACUUAUUCCGUAUCUAAAUGUUAAUUAACCUAAAUUCUCUAAAUUAGUAUUUAUGGGAUUAAGGCUAUUAUGGCUUAUCUGAUUCUAGUAAUGAGGAUUCUGGGUUGCAUCUGGAUAUAGAUUACUGGGUGAGUAGAAAAUCCUUACCUGUAUUUGCUGGGUUAGCUCCAUGUUACGAGGAGUGAAACUAAA